AUCUACAUAAACAACUGACGUUUUCAGUAACAUGUACACUUUUAAGACGGUGCCUUAACCCUCGCAAGGUAGUAAAGCAGUAUUUCACGUUAUUUUCGACUCUGUAAGAUUAAUAUGAAAUCGAUAUGGAAAAUCAAGGAGUGUUGCUUGUUUGCUAUCGCCAGCAGAUUCAGACUAAGUAAUUGCUGUCUUUCUGGCAGGUUUCGUUGUUGAGGUAUUGACGAUCAAACUCCCAUUCUUGAAUAUAAAGCUAACUUCACCGCAGUCCUAGUUUCGUUUUUACUCACGUAGGCGGACCGCGGAAGUUAUAACUUGACCAAACACAACAGUCAGAGAGAAUUCACACUUUGACGAUGUCUACUUUGCUUGCUAUCCUGUAUUUAGAGGUUAUUUCAGCAUAUAUACAAGCUCAACAUGUAUUCAAUGUCAUGGUAUUACGUUCUGAUACCGAGGGAUUUGAAAUGACAGGGGACGCCGACGGUGAAGAAUGUUUCUACGUAGAUGUAGACAAUCAAAAAGUAGUGAUUACAGCACCAGAAUUCGGCGAACAAAUAGAGUGUCCUAUUUGUUUGAACGUAGCAGAACGUUAUAUCCCUGCGGGAAAAAAACAUUUCAGUGACUUGGCUUUUGAUACCCCAGAAGCUAAAGUUCCCCCUGAUGUCAUGCUGUAUCCCAAGGAAGAGGUGAAGCAGGGAGUAAACAACUCUCUUGUCUGUUUCGUCAAUAAUUUCUUUCCUCCACCUGUUCAAGUCAAAUGGACAAAGAAUGAUGUGAAUAUCACAAAGGGAGUGAAAGCAAGUCAUUAUUUAUUCAAUAAUGACAUCACCUUCUACCAUUUCUCCACUCUGACCUUUGACCCAGAAGAGGGGGACAUCUACACCUGUACUGUGGAGCACCCAGCCCUGGAUGAACCUGUAACCAGGAAAUGGGAGUUUGAGGUGCCCCCUGGUCCCAGUCUGGAUCCUGUUGUGUUCUGUGGACUGGGUCUCACUCUGGGGAUUCUGGGACUUGGUACUGGAAUGUUCUUUUGUGUCAAAGGAAAGCAGCUUACAAAUGUACUAUAAUGUUUUCCUCAUGCAUGUUUUUAGCAUGUUUUAGGCCAUUCACAUGGGAGACGGUGUGAACUGCACUCAAUGCAAGGUCAGGGAAAUGAUAGUCAAGGUACAUAAAACAGAUUUCUACUGACUUUAGCUAGCAGCAAUACCAGCCCUUAUUCAAUAACUAGUGUGGCUAGGUAUUUACUUGCAAUUCCACAUGCUGAUUUCCCCCUAGUCACGUGACUUGUUAGUAAGGUCCUGGUAUUCAUUCACUGUAGUGAAUGAAUACAGUUUAUUCUCCAUUUAUUCAUAGAAUGACUGUAACACACUGCAAUCAGAUUAGUUGCGGUUUGGGAAGUUAGCGACAUGAGAAGUCAAACCUAAAAUAAUUUCUACUUUAUUUUUGGCCAGUGUGCGCUGCUUGGCUAGGUGCAGUCCUUUAGGAAAGCCCAGCUACAUCCUUUUUUGGAACUAAUGAAUUUCUCCAAUACAAUGGCGUUCUUCACAGAUCAUGCAGGUGCCCCUUUAGAUCUAAUGUCCAACUUUUGAUUAAUGUCAUCAUCCGGACAGUUGCUUUGGUCAAAUGUUAUUUGUGUACAUUAGAUGGAUGUGUACAACCCAAAGUAUUAGAUGGAUGUGUACAACCCAAAGUAUUAGAUGGAUGUUAACAACCCAAAGUAUUAGAUGGAUGUGUACAACCCAAAGUAUUAGAUGGAUGUGUACAACCCAAUGUUUUAGAUGGAUGUGUACAACCCAAAGUAUUAGAUGGAUGUUAACAACCCAAAGUAUUAGAUGGAUGUGUACAACCCAAAGUAUUAGAUGGAUGUGUACAACCCAAUGUUUUAGAUGGAUGUGUACAACCCAAUGUUUUAGAUGGAUGUGUACAACCCAAUGUUUUAGAUGGAUGUGUACAAAUGUAUUGCAGUGAAAGUUUGUGCACAACACAUGAGGUCUCAGUUGGAAAAAGCUGUCAGGGUCUGUAGAACAUGCCCAACGGUGCAAAUCUGGGAGCUGAAAUUGUAAUGUAUAAAUAUUCAAAUGUAUAUUUCAGGUAUUUACAUUAGGUGUAUGUUUGCAACAAUAUUUUCUUUUUGAUACUGAACUGAAUUAUUGAUAAAGAUGUUUUGCUUCAUCUUUGCAAAGACUUGUAUAGUGGAUCAUGGCAUGGUACUCAUUAGCAAAAUGUUUGAAUGUUUUGCCCAAUGUUUUAGAUGGAUGUGUACAACCCAAUGUAUUGCAUGUAUUUUUGAUAUCAACAAUUCAAUUUUUGAUUGGAAUUGUUGAUACUGAAUUGAAUUAUUGAUAUCAUGAAUUUGAAUUGUUGAAACUUUAUUUUUCAAUAUUGAUAUUUUUUUAUAAAAGCAUAUAUUUUAAAUUUUUAUGCUAUUGUUUUUUAUAUACUUGAAUAGUAUUGAUGUUAUUUUUUUAUAUGCUAAUUAACAUCCUGUGCGUGGGAGUACAUGUGCAGGCUCCUUCAUUCUCAAAAUAAUGUUCUCAAAACAACUUCAUCAUUACAACAAGAGCACUGUGUGUGUUGUUUGUGUGUCUGUGUGGGGGUGUAAUAUAAAGUUCAGGGUUUAUUUAUCAAAUGUACUGAAUAACAUGAGUUGCACACUAAGAAAGUUUGACCUGGGUAUAGUGUCUUUCAUCACAUCAAGCACAGUGUCCAUGGUUCAUGAUGAAUGCACGUUCUCUGGCAGCAACAUGCUCUUGUAGCUCGAUGGCACCGAAAUAAAAAAUAAAAGUU